AGGUCUUCCCUUUCGGUCAUCGCUGCUGCUCGCGGUGGUGGCCCUCGUCAUGCUGAUGUUUGUGAUAUGCUUGGAAGGCCGCAGCGCUAAGAUGCAGUGGCCCCGCUUCACCUACUGCGUCAGCAGGCGCGGGGGCCCAGCUCUGGCGACGCCCAGCGGAAGCUGUGCCGCCCGCAAGAUGUACGGGCAGUUCCGUACCAUGAGCCGCAUCAACUGCAAGAACUGCGACAAGUACUUCCACUGCAUGGCCAACUGGCUGGCGACGCGGAGGUGCCGGGGACGGUACAACUGGAAGGUCGCCAUAGUAAUCAGCCACUGCAGAGAGUACUCACAGCCCGGAAACCCAGCUGACAGGCGCGGUGACGAGGCAGCUAACCGAUAUGGCCGGGGCGGCGGGAAUUGCGGAGCACGCUACUUGCGCCGACACAGAUGUGCCUACAACCCAAGAACGGGACAAUGCAAGUGGUGAUCACAGAAGAUACAUGGAUCAGCAGACUGCGCGCACCGUCCCCUUGCAAAGAGCCAAAACUGUCUGGAUCUGUAUGUGCAAAAUAAAAUAAGAAGAGAGGA